GCACACGCGUGCUUGAUGAGGCGUAGCCACAAGAGGCCGCUGCCGCUGGUGUAGCGCCUCCGCUUUCGUCCCAGUCGAGAUGGGCGAUGUCUUCGCCCUUUCCUCUCGGGUGCUGCAGCAGUGCUGCUGCUGCUGUGGAUCGACCUGCUCAGCCUUGCCGUUGCGGCCAACCACCGCGCCGUUGUCUCUUCUUCAACGAAGUCAUGCGGCCGAAGAUUCCUCGUUCGAGAUGGCGAGACGGCUGCUCCGGACAGCGCGGCAACGGAAGGGCUGUUGCUGUCUCGAGGGAGAGGAUUCAUGGGCGCCGUCAUCAUGGUCGAUGGAUGAUCCAGCGGUGAUCUUGUUCGCAGGCGGCAUCGGCAAGGAAUUGAUUUUUUUGUCGAUUCAAAAACGUUUAGACUUAGACUACGUUUUCGGUGUGCCGCUAGAUGUUGAUGAAGAUGGCGACGACGACGGCGACGACAACGCCAUUGGUGGUGCGGGGGCGGAGGCAAAGAAGAAGUGGUGACUGGUGGACAGGGACGUUCUCUCGAGAAGAAGACCCUCCGGCUCGGGACUUCGCGAGUCAGCCAAGGGGCAUCACGCAACAUGUGUUAAGGCUUCUUUGGUGAACUCCGAACCAGUCUGCUUCAUUACGGCGCUUGCCUCGAAGAUCCUGCGUGUUAGUGAGAAUGGAUGGACGGAAAGACAAGAGGGACAGUCACCCCUCGCGACAACCUCUAAUUAGGGGUUGUCCGGCGUGCAGCAUCAGCGAGGGUGCAGAAGAAAGCAUGCAGAACUCACCAGCAAGAACGACGCACUACAUGGCGGUAGCCGUCAUGCAGCACUGGGGCCACCAGCGGGCACAACAUGACCCUCGUGCGGAAGGACUCGAAGGCAGGGUCCGAGUGGUGGCUGUGCAACGACGAGGAGAUCCUCUCGGUCUCGUCCGCUUGCGUCAGUCGCAACGCUGUGGCGGUGUUGUACCGCCGGGUGCCGGAUUCCUACGUCCCACUUCGAUAACGUCAGAUUUGAUCUCUAUCGUGUAGGACGGUAGUUGCGGUGCGGCGGGUACUUAAGUUCCAUAUUCCAUGAAGCGUCAGAAGUACUAUCUAUGGGAGUCUGGAACGGUAGUUACGGUACCGCUGGAGCUUGUGCAGGGUUCGGAGAGCACCUAACCUGUAGAAGGUGCUGAUGUGGACGCUUCUCAUUGAGCGUAGCGAGUCUUCGUUGCGGGAAGAGAAUCGUUCAUGCGUGACGGGGCUAUAUCCAGUUAGACAGAAACACGGGGUAUGAUACAUAGAGGAGCCCUUUUGGGUUGUCUGACCAACUCCACACCUGGUGUACGCGGGUGGGUUUGUUAACUCCGAACCCUCCCGGCAAAGAAGAUAUCUCUUCGGUGGUGCUUGGAGAUGACGGUGUUUGGGCAGAGGAAAAGUACUAAAUUCACACGUGUGGCACGUACAGUUGGUUCGUUUUUGAUGAGGGAAGUCACUCGUACGGCUCCUCCCCGUGGUCGUACUUGCUCCGUGGUUUAUGUCUGUUUUUGUACUUGCACUUUGUGUAGUUCGCCGAUGAUAACGAAAACUCCAAAGUUCGUGUCAAAACCUGUGUGUUGGGAUCAACCUCUCUUCGCUUUCAACUCCAGCGGCUUUUGCUAGGGGGGUUGAGGGGGGCCCAUGGUUUUCUAUGGCUUCUUCGUGUUGUUUGUUGUUUGUUCGACCAUGAACAAACGUGUUCAGACGCUGGACCCGACGGGCAACCGUGCAUAAGGAACUCAGAGACAACAUUACAUCAGCGGGACGAGUCAUAAUCUCAAUAGGCCACGCCCCUCUUGCAGUCGCCCAAGGGGGGGUCGUGGUGCAGUGGUUUCAAUUGAGGAUUCAAGUCACGCCUGGCAGAGAUGAGCUGGAUUGUCGGGAUUGUUGAAUUUGUUGUGCUCAGUGCAAUUCCUCUGGUCACGAGUUAGAUGGAGUUUCUCUUGGCGUUGUGAGAAGUUUUGUCGGACAACCGUCCGUGUCAUAGCUUAGGUUGUUCUGUGGGCAUCAUCACGUGCCACUCCGGUUUGAUGCAGAGCUGGGAGUAUUGGAACGGUUUUCGGAUCACUAACCGCCCGCGGGAGUUACUGAGCGCCUUAGCGCUGAUUUCCGUGUUGGGUGCAGGCAAACAAAACCUCCCCCCGAUGGGCGUACCAUCCUUCCGGUGCUACCUGUGGUGGUGAUUGACUUUGUCUAGAAAGGCCGUGUUAUACGAAGCGUGCCGGGUGUAUCUCAAGUAUGCUUAGUGUUGUACCGUAGGGCGUCGGUGAUGGAUGGAUGGAUGCAGAGCAGCCUCCCUUCCAGAGCACGCGUUGCCUCUUUCCCCUUGUUGCUUGUGUCCGCCUUGUGUCCUAGUUUAAUCGGGCGCCAGUCGUACGACACCCAAAGGAGUAGAAGUACCAUGUAUUUUUUUCGCAUAAAUUAUAUCAGCCGGGAUCACAUAGGUAUAAAAUUCCUACUGCAAUGCUUGCCCGUUUUUUGUGCUUGCAUGUUGCUUGACAUUUUUUACCGUAAGAAAGGCAGAGCUUUACGUGGGAACGCAGUCGCCCGGUGGGUGGUGGGGUGGUAAUGGUAGGGAUAUGCUGUACCAAAGGCACCGUGUUUUGUCUCGAAUGUGUUUGGUAUUGUACCCGAAGGCAUCGAUGAUGGAUGGUUUAUCCUGCCGACCAAGUCGCAGCGGAGCUGCCAAACAAACAGGUGGCAUGAGGGGCGUGGGAAAAUUCAGUGUUUAGUGUAGCCCCGACGAUGGUUGGAACGGGAGUGACUGGGGAUCGCGAUCGUAGAACACACCUUUUUAUCCUCAGAGUCAACGCUUCCAAGAACUCGAAUCUCUACGAACCACACGUGGGUUCGUACAAGACCCUUGGAGUGCAAGACAACUGAUUUGCUCCUGGUUUACCAAUAACUGA